GGAACUUUCUUACUUCGCAGUUGUUAACGUGGGAUGUAAUCCAGGAAAGCUUGGGAUUGCGGUGUAGGGUUUUGUUGUUGUGAGACGACGUCUUUCCUUUUAAGUUAGUAGAGUUAAAUAGUAGAGAAUAUAUUAUUUUAUAGUCUGUAGCAAGGAUUUUUAAUUGUAUAUGUCAGAAUCACAAUAUGAUAGUGCUGCAGCAUUCCUAAAUUUAUAUACUUAACCUCAACAUGAGCAAUUUAAGACAUAACAAACCUACGUAUACAUUCAAACCGUUCGUAUUUGUGAAAUGUGAACCGAACAUUACUGGAGGCCGCUGUCUUGUUCCGAAAGCAAGAAGUGGGCAUCGUAUUGUAUGCGACGAUAAGAAUCUCUACUCGUAUGGUGGAUACAAUCCUUUUACUAGUAUUAAUCAUGAUCCAGAAUUAAGGAAUGACCAAGUAUGGUUAGAAAACAGGCCUUUGUUCAAAGAGCUUUGGAAGUACAAUUUUGCCUCCAAGAAAUGGAAGAGACUGCUAUGUAAUGGGACUAUUCCAAACGAACUAGCAUCUAGUGCUGUGAUUUCAAAGGGAAGAACAAUGAUGAUUUAUGGUGGGACAGGAUAUCCAUUUGGAACAAAAAGUAGUAAUCAACUUCAUGUAUGCAAUCUUCAUGAAGAUUACAAGAUGCAGCUUGUGAAUGUUAAGGGCUCUUGUCCUCCAAAGCAGUAUGGCCAAGCAUUAGUUCUGGAUGGUAUCCAUUUGUAUACUGUUGGAGGUACCACAGGUUUUAAUUAUACUGCUGAUGUUCAUCGAUUAGAUUUGAAAACAUGUGUUUGGGAAGAGGUGUAUAUGUGCACAGGCAAAACAUGGAAAGAGCCACAAGGAAGAUAUCGUCAUGAGCUUGCAUUUGAUGGGACACGAAUCUACCUUUUCGGGGGUGGUACAGCUGAAGUAGUGUAUGGCUUCCAGGAGAUUCCAGCCUUUAAUCUUGUUACUGGCUCAUGGGAAAGCUUGGUGACACGCUGUGACCCAGAAGCACCAGCUCCAGGCAUUCCUGAAUCAAGAAGAUGUCAUGGGUGUGUUCAGGUCUCAGGUAGUGCGCAGCAGGAGGUAGCAGUAUAUAUAUGUGGUGGUUAUAAUGGUACUGAGAUGUUUGAUGAUGUAUGGAGACUUGGACUGCAGAGUUUACAGUGGACUCAGAUGAAAUUUAGUUUGCCACAUGCAGUCUAUUUCCAUUCGGUGGCAGUCACACCAGCAGGUUGCAUGUAUUCAUUUGGAGGUAUUACAGGAGAGAAUAAUGGGAACAGAACUGCUGAUGUGAACUGUGCAUGGAUGUGUAUACCAAAAUUGACAGAAAUUUGUUGGGAGGCACUACUGUAUUAUAAUCCAGAUCUGCACCUCUUGCCUAAAGAUCAGCUGUUACACUGUGGUUUACCUUUAGAAUAUGUAAAUCGAAUUGAUUAAAUAUUGUAUAGAAGAGUUCAUUUCUGUCCUCUUCCAGUUGUAAAGAUGUACACAUUUUUUUGCUUAAGGCACAAGGUUUGUGUAAUUCUUAACUUUAACAAAAAAUGAAUUAGUUCUGAAAAUAUAAUUUAAUAUUCCUGAGAGUUGUAUUGCCUAGGUGAUAAGUGAAACAUAUCUGUCACUAUCUAGUGAUUUCAGUUGGACCAAUAGAAACAUGUUACAUAUUGCUA